UAGUAGUCUAAAAUUUAUAAAAUAUUUCUUCGAAUUAUAAUCAGUUGACGGUAUAUUCUAUGUUUGAAGAUGAUUAUUAAACGUUUCACUUCAUUCCAAUUCAUUACUAUCACCAUUCUAAUAUCAGUAUUGGUAAUUAGAAUCAGAGGUGAGGAAGAAAAUGGAAUUAAGUUUCCCAAAGGUUUUGCAAUUGGAGCUGCAACAUCAGCCUAUCAAAUCGAGGGAGCAUGGAACAUAAGUGACAAGGGUGAAAAUGAUUGGGAUUAUUUCACACAUCAUCAAAACUCAAUAGUCCAUAACAAAAGUACUGGAGAUGUAGCUUGUAAUUCAUAUUAUCUCUACAAAGAUGACGUGAAACUUCUAAAGAACAUUGACGAUGUUACCUGAAAUCUUAUUUGCCGAAAUAAAUGAUAAAUUCCUCGGCAAAUAUUUUACAAAUCUACAAUUUUAU